UCAAAGCGUGGCGACGUGCAGCUAUACGAGUACUACUAUGGUAUAUAAGAACGAGAGAGAACGGGCACUAAACAUUUGUUACGAACGGCAGUUACGGCAUUGUAGAGAACUUGAAAGAUAAAGCAUACGCUUCAUUUACGACUGAUUCGAAAUUAAGGUUCAAAGCCAGCAAUUCUUACAACGUACUACACUGUCUGAAAGUCUUGUGUUGCAAAGAGGAAGCGGUUAUCCAUUUGUGUGUAACGAGCAUCCACUGUUGUGCAUCGGUGCAGGUAUCGAAGAUGGAGAAGAUAGAAGACGGCGACAGGAAGAAGAAGCAGGUGACCUGCUAUCUCCUUUUUUCUGUAGCCACAGCAGUUAUUGGCUCCCUUCAGUUUGGCUACAACACUGGAGUCAUCAAUGCCCCAGAAGAGAGACUACGCGACUUCUUCAACGAGACCUGGAUAGACAGGUAUGGACACCCCAUCGACCAAAACGUUUGCACCAUCGUCUGGAGCUUCGCUGUGGCUAUAUUCAGCGUCGGGGGCAUGGCGGGGUCAUUCAGCGUCGGGGUCAUAGCCAACAAAUUUGGGAGACGUAAGUCCAUGCUGGUAGCGAACAUCUUGGCCCUGGUUGGUGGAACUCUGAUGGGUCUCUCCACCGUCUGCUCCUCGUUUGAAAUGGUGAUCAUUGGCCGGCUGAUCAUCGGUCUCUUCUGCGGAAUGUGCACUGGUCUGACCCCUAUGUAUCUGGGAGAGCUGGCACCCACCGCCCUGCGGGGAGCUUUUGGGACCCUGCACCAACUCGGCGUGGUGGUGGGCAUUCUGGUAGCGCAGAUCUUUGGUUUGGAGUUUCUGCUAGGCUCGGCGACCCUGUGGCCUCUGCUGCUGGCGCUGACGGCCUUUCCAGCUGUACUCCAAAGCAUACUGCUUCUGUUCUGCCCUGAGAGCCCACGCUACCUCAUCAUUAACCUGAACAAGGAGGAAGAGGCACAGAAAGCCCUGCAGAGGUUGCGUGGUUCUGAGGAUGUGAGCGAAGACAUUCAGGAGAUGAAAGAGGAGGGCAUGAAGAUGGCCAUGGAGAAGAAGGUCACCAUCCCUGAGCUGUUCCGCACCUCGGCCUACAGACAGCCUAUCAUCAUUGCCAUCGUCCUCCAGCUAUCCCAGCAGCUCUCAGGGAUCAAUGCGGUAUUCUAUUACUCGACGGGUAUAUUUAAGACCGCAGGUGUCACCCAGCCCAUCUACGCCACAAUUGGAGCUGGAGUCGUGAAUACAGUCUUUACAGUUGUAUCUCUCUUCCUGGUGGAGAGGGCGGGACGAAGGACGCUACACCUCAUUGGAUUGGGUGGAAUGGCCAUCUGUGCCCUGCUCAUGACAAUCUCCCUCCUGUUGGCGGUUAAAAUUCAGGCGAUGAGUUACCUGGCCAUCGCGGCCGUGUUUGGGUUCGUGGCGAUGUUUGAGAUGGGUCCCGGGCCCAUCCCCUGGUUCAUCGUGGCAGAACUCUUCUCCCAGGGCCCGCGCCCCAGCGCCAUGGCCGUUUCGGGCUGCUCAAACUGGACUGCCAACUUCAUCGUGGGCCUCAGUUUCCCCAAACUGGAGGAGUUGUGUGGACCCUAUGUCUUCAUCAUCUUCAUGAUCUUCCUCAUCUUCUUCUUCGUCUUCACCUACUUCCGGGUUCCUGAGACGAAGGGCAGGACGUUUGAAGACAUCUCCCGCGGUUUCGCGGGGCCCGCCCCUGGCUCUGGCCUUGCCCAGUCUUCCGACGGAAUCACCCUGCCCGUCUCGCCCACCACCGAGAAGGUGCCCAUGGUGGAGUUCGGAGUGGAGGCCAAAAAGUAAACAGACCUCGCGCCAACGCAUAGGCGGCGCGUGGGCAACUGAACAAUGAGCUUGGUGUAAAUGUGUAAAUGUAGAGUUUACUGUAGGAAAGGGUUGGGGCCAAAAACACACGUAGAAUGUCGUAGGAAGUAGUUCAAGUAGAUUUGUUCAAAUAUGCAACGUACAGGGUGAAGGUUGGGAUAUAUUGGUAUGUGUGACUGAUGCAUUGUGGUUAAAGUAACGGGCGUCCUGUGCUCUCGUGCUCUUUUUCAGUGUCAGUCGUUUGAUUACUGCUUCGAUUGUCAAGUUCUUGAGGGAAUUAGUCUUUUUCAAGUAACAAACUGUUUGUUAAUAAGGUUGACGAGCUAACUUGCCAAAAACGCACAUAAUUCUGGGUCACUGGUCUUCUAAAUUCAAAGGAAUAUAAAGUAUCCAAAUUAUUUCUGGUUAUCAGCUUGGGAGGUUUUCUUUUUUGCAGAUAAAAUGGCUGCCACAGUGUUAUCAAUUUAACAGCCAUCUUCUCUGAAAAUCUAAAACCGUCUCAUCUGAUAGGUCACUUGAGCGUGUUACUGUAUUGUUUCUGGAGAAAAGGGAAAAUCGCCGCUUUCCCCUUGAAGUAUUUUUCAUACAUUUCCUGGUUUCCUCUGAAAAUUAUCUAGUUUCUGUCUGUCUGCUGUAAAAUAACCAUGAACCAAAACAUGAACUGACCUUAUCAUGGCCUUACCUUUGCCUUACCGAUAACAUUGGUCAUGGUAUUUGCUUUGCACCAAUCAUUGGUUGUUAUUAUUUUUUGUAUGCUAAAAGUUUUUGCACGCGAUAAAGAUCUUAGUAAAUGAGGCCCUAAGACUUACACUUGUUUUUCCAAAUUUGUAAACUUAACAAAUAAUACAUUAUAAAACAUGGGAGUUGAAUGUCUCACAGAGCAUGUCUGUAUGUGUAUUCACUGUAACUGCUACCAGACUUCGGUUAGACGUCCGUUAGAUGUCUAAUCAACGUCAGUCAUGGAGUUUGAUAUGACAUCGAUUAGUGGGGCAGAAAUUAAAGGUGUUUUUUUGACGUCGGUAAUGCAACGAGUACAGAACACUGGUCUGUUACAGGCAGAAAAGUGGUCGUGUCAUGACUCUGCUUCGAUUAGCCUUGCAGCAGCGGCGCAGGUCGACAAGUUAGGUGCGUUUAUCUACUGUAAUACGAUGGGUUUUGUCUACAGCGGGGAAAAAAAGCUGCGGCACAUUUCUCUGGCUGCGGAACCUUGUAUUUGUUGCCGCACAAAAUGCCACGCAGGUGAAUAUUUCACUCGUGGACACACGCGUUCUUUUUAUUAACAGAUUAUGUUUACGUAGAUUUUCCUUGUUCUUGACUUUUCCGUUUUUUCAUGUGUCGAUAAAGCACUUUUCCAAAACGUUGGCCCAGAAUGUCAUUAGAACUACUGUUGCUACGGUGCGUGCUCUGUAAGUGUACUUGUACAUUUACACAUACUGUUCGGAAAAUACAUUCCCUGUGUGUCAUCAUUCUGUAAUAAUCCAUAAAUCUGUUUUGUUUUAUACUUUGGGAGUAGGGAUAUUCAAUAUGUAUAUUUUGAAAGCCAUGAGUAUGAUGUUAUGUUUAUUUAUUGCUUAUUGUAAAAUGAACAAGGUCGUAUGUAUGAAGAGAUGGUUGAUAUGGUGUUAAUGUCACAUUUUCAAAAGUGAUCAAUAUCCCGGAUAAUCCAGAACCAAAAACAUAAAUAAUUUAAGUCAGUAUAAACUCCAUCUGUCAUUGUAUUUAAUCAAGGUUUCAUGCGUGUUAAUUUUAAAUUUUGUGUUGUGUUGUGUUUUUAAGUUAUACAUUUCAAAAAACAAGAUUGCUAAAAAUGUGGAACUAAAGUCCUAAAAUGGAAAUAAAAUUAUAUUUAUUUAUUUUUUAAGUUCAUUUGAGGCUUGAAUUAUUUUUUUUUACAUUAGUACAUUAGUAAUAUUUUUGUCGUGCUUGUCAUUGUUUUAUAUGCUUUGUUGAUAUAUGCUUUCCUUCUCUUUUCUGCACAUCUUUUCAAAAUUUGAAAUAGAUUGCAAUGCAUCCCUUAUGAAAAACAAUAUAUUAAAAAAAGUAAAUAAUAGUAAAUACACAUUUUUAAAAAAGAAAUACAGAAUAUAUAUUAUUGAUUAUAUAUUAUUAAUUAAUAAUAAUUGUGAUCAUAUUUUUGUAUGUAGUCUUUCACAUAAAGUAGAAUAUGUCAGGAAAUAAGAAAUAUGUGCUACUGUCUAAACAUCAUUUUGCCAUAAGGGAACGGCCCUAAUGAUUAUGUGAAUGUUACUGGCACAGCUUUCAUUUGCACACAUCUCUUUGGCUGUCUGCCUUUUUUCCUGGUCCUGUCUGUGCAUGUUUGUACGUCUCUCUUGCUCAGGUCCUGUAAUAGUCUCUGAAUCAUUGCCACCCCAUUUUCCAUUUUCCAUUGUCCAGCGCACUCCUGACGGAAUUGUGUCGAGAAAUACGAAGUGUUCCGUAUCUCUUUCACACUUCCAACUUUAAGCCGUCUGUGUGGUUGUGGAACGGAAAAUUGUCAUUCUGACAUUUUUGUAUGUUAGCUUUUAUGUACAGGUGAGCUUUCCGUGUGUCACGCGUUUGUGCAGCUGAAUUGUGUCUCUAAAACAGCAUACCUCAGAGCUUUUGAAAUCCUUAGGUGUUUCAGAGGCUUGUACUGUAUCUGUGUGUGAGAAUGUUCGUGCGUGUGCGUGUGUCCUUGUUAGGUGAGUUAGGACCGCAUUUCCCAUGAGACACCAGUCAGAGUCAUCCCUAAAGGCUUCCUUUAGUCAUGCCAUCCCUAUAUUGAGAGCCAGAUGUAGAAAAGUACUGCUGCUUGAUGAGAUAUCUACUCUAAUUCUUUCCUUUGGGUUUACCUAGGCUAGUAGUUAAAACAGAGAUGUAUUAUUGCAUUUCAGAAUGUACGGGUAGCCUUUGGACAAUAAAACAGUGGGGAUAUAUACUUUCGGAAAAAAUUAUUUUAUUUUCUCCAAAAUCAACAAAAUCAACAAAUUAAUGAUUUAAUGAUGGUCCUACCUUGUACAACAUGAGAUGCAAAUGCAAGUCAUGUAGUGAUAUUGUGAAAGUAUGUGUGUAUAUGUAUAUGAAAUAUCCUAUACUUUCAAUAAAAUAUCAGUUGCCAUGUG